AUGGAAUCCCUUGAGUAUGAUACAUAUGGUUUAGGUGACAUUGUGCUCUUUGGAAAUGGUAAAAGAAUGAAAGUUGAUUGUUAUCCAGGUCUUGGUGAUAUCUUUCUUGAUUAUCGGGUGAAAAACCUCAUGCAGUGCUUUUCUUCAUUAACCGGAUGGAAGCGUACCUUGGAGUCCAUGUCCCAGUUUCUUCAAGAUCCCGAAAAGCAAUAUUUUUCAGAGAUUGGCCUUAAGUCCCUUGAGGAAUUUGUCAAUGAAAAACAUAGUCAUGUGUUAUCCUCUUUCUGCAUGUACAGGCGAAUUAGUAGGAAUGAUGAUCAUAUUAUCACAUUGGAGGAAUAUGUGCAGAAGUUGUGGAUCAAUAUUGCAGAUGAAUAUUCCGACAAGAUGGAUAAUAUUAAAAGUUUCAUGACAUUGGAGCAGUUUGUGAAGAAGACAUUUUGUGAAUUAAGUGAGAAGCUCAAGUUUUUGAUACAAACUUUAUACACUCAACUGCCCAAGUCUUUUAUUUCACUUGCAACAGUGAAGAAAAUGUUUCGAGCUAUUGAACUAUUGAGGUCAAUUGGAAUUUCAUUGGGUCCAGCAAAGUUUAAGCAAACUCUUGAUGCUAGCGAAAAAGAAAGAAUUCCUUCUUGCUUUCUACCAUCAAACUCUGAAAUUGAUGAUUUCUUGAAAAUACUCAGUUUGCUUUCCAGUUCUAUUUUGCUUCCUGAACUCAAUGGGAGAAAUCAAAUAGAAAAGUUUUGCUUGUCCAAUGCAUGUCUGGUUUUGUGCACUGUUUCUAGUUCUAUUAAACUCUACACUGAAGGAAUGACUCAGCUACCUGGUCUUCAGCAUUGCAUUCUUAUAGGUGAUGAGAAGCAACUGCCAGCACUGGUGAAAAGCAAGAUUGCUGAUAGUUGUGGAUUUGGAAGAAGUAUGUUUGAGAGACUGGUAAUAUUAGGGUACAAGAAACAUAUGCUUAAUGUUCAGUAUCGAAUGCAUCCAAACAUAAGCUUAUUUCCAAGCAAAGAGUUCUAUGAUCAAAAGAUCUCAGAUGCCCCUUUUGUUAUGGAAGAAAGCUACAAUAAGAGUUUCCUUGAAGGAGAAUUAUAUUCGUCUUAUUCUUUUAUUAACAUUGCUAAGCGUAAGGAGAAAUCUGGCCGCGGACACAGCUUGAUGAACAUGGUUGAGGUUGCUGUCAUUUCUGAGAUGAUUAAAAACCUCAAAAAAGAGUUUAAGAGGACACAAGAGAAAGUUAUCAUUGGAGUUAUCUCUCCAUAUAAUGCUCAAGUCUAUGCAAUCCAGGACAAAAUUAAGGAGUACACUUCUGUUUCUGAUACUGAUUUCUCUGUGAGUGUUCGUUCUAUUGACGGUUUUCAAGGUGGAGAGGAAGAUAUUAUAAUAAUAUCUACUGUUAGAUCAAAUGGGAGUGGAAAAGUCGGUUUUCUUUCAAAUCGGCAAAGAACCAAUGUGGCCAUGACUAGAGAAAGUCAAAGGAAAUGGAUGCAACCAAGUCAAUCAAUGGUGAAAAACCGGGCAGCAGCGUUAACCGUAGCUCUAAUCAAAAUCAAUCAAAAAAAGGAACUCGACAAGAAAGUGUUCAAAAUCGGGCAAAAGUCAACGAAGAAGAUGCAAUCACAAAUAGAGAAGAAGAAAAAGCAAUGUAUCAAUGAAGAUGUUGAAAAGGACGAUAUAAAUGAUGAAAUUCAAGAGGACGACAUAAAUGAUAAAAUUCAAGAGGACGACCUAAAUGAUAAAAUUCAAGAGGACGACAUAGAUGACGAAUUUCAAGAGGACGACAUAGAUCUAGAUGAUGAAUUUCAAGAGGAGGAUAUAGAUGGUGAAUUUCAAGAGGACGACGUAGAUGAAGAGUUUAUGGAGGAUGACAUAUCUAACGAAUUUCAAGAGGACGAUCUGGAUGCUUUACUCCUAGAAGACAAACUUGAAUGA